AUGCCAACUAACAAAUGUGCCGUGUGCGCAUACAAGCACAAGUCCAAGAAAAAGUGGAUGGACGGGUCUGUCGUGCUGGAAAAUGCGCGGCUGGCUCUGCUGGACACCAGGGGCAGGGAGAUAGACUCUGUGCGCAUAAGCAAAAUUCAGUUGGAGGAUGAAGUCAUUCCCAUGGAGUACCACGAAGUGCUCUGCGAAGACGGGGAGGAAGCAGGAGCUAUUAUGCAGAAGGUGCACGAGGCCUGCAAAAGUGCUGAAAAGCCUGCCGAAAAGAGCCCUGGCCUGCAAAAAGAGGCGCACUGUGGGGGCGUGCCGCCAGAGACCUCGAGAAAAGUCUUAGAGAUAGUAGAGCAAGUGGUUAGGCAGCCUGCUAACCCCAGGCCUGCCAACACAAAAGAGGAUCUGCUUAGGAUGUUUAAAUAG